AUGACCGGGCACGAGUUCGAGCCGUCUCCAAAGGGCUUCGAUUUUGCUGAGAUGAACUUAAUACAUUCUGGAAAUGAAGCUAUAACGUUGGAGCUAGUCAACAGGGCUGUCUUGAUGGGGUACGACACGGUGGUGAUCAACAGAGAUAUCGGCGACCCGUACGCUUCGAUUGAGAACUUUGUAUGGUAUCCACUUUUAAAGUUUGACUCAUGUCAAUGCCAUUUUCUGAAAUCUGAUCAACAAAAUGAGACAAAUAUCAAACUUUAUUGGGGACCAGAGAGUUCAUUG